AUGAACGAAAGUUUAAUGAACCCAGAGGAUUGUUAUCGUCUAGAAUGUGUAAUUGGUGAAGGAUCAUAUGGUCAAGUGUAUAAGGCUACUCAAUUAGAGAAUGGAAAGGUUGUUGCUAUAAAAAUAGUUCCAACAACAGGUGAAAUAGAAUCAUUGAAAAGAGAAAUUCAAAUACUGAGGGAUUGUAGAAGUGAUAAUAUAGUUAAAUACUUUGGAUCAUAUCAUUCAAAUGGAUAAUUGUGGUUAGUGAUGGAAUAUUGUGCAGGAGGAAGUGUAAUAGAUUUAGUUAAAGCGAUGAGUUUUAAUGGUUCUUCUUUACCUGAAGAGUUAAUAGCCACUAUUCUAUAUCAAACACUCAAAGGUACAUUAUUAUAUAAUGUAAAUAAUAGGAAUUGAUUACAUGCAUAAUCAUAAGAAAAUUCAUAGAGAUAUAAAAUGUGGAAAUAUUCUGAUAGAUCAUAUUGGCAAUAUUAAAUUGGCUGAUUUUGGAGUAUCAACUUAAUUAGUACACACUAUGGCUGAUACAGAUACAGUUAUUGGUAGUCCUUUUUGGAUGUCUCCUGAGAUUCUCUUAAAGUCUCGUUAUAAUAAGAAAACUGAUAUAUGGUCAUUAGGUAUUACUGCAAUAGAAAUGGCUGAAGGAGAACCACCUUAUGCUCAUAUUCAUCCAAUUAGAGCUAUGUUUGCAAUAAAAAAUAAUCCACCAAAUUCUUUGACUGAUUAAAAUAAAUGGUCUAAAGAAUUUAAUACUUUUGUUAAGAAGUGUUUAAUCUUAGAUCCAAAAGAGAGACCAUCCACUAAAGAAUUGCUACAAGAUCCAUUCUUUUAAAAAUUCUGCAAAAGUAGAGAGUAUGUUCAAUAGUUUAUGAUAAAGAAUUCAAGAGUGAUUGAAAAUUAUAAAAAAUAAAAAUAGAAUAAACAACAUGAAUAACAAUUUGAAUAAUCUUAAGAAAAAGGAAUAGUAUAAUUAGAUACUCUAGUUGAAUGUGAAGAAGAGGAGGAUUUAGGAACUAUGAUAGUUAAUGAUAUUGAUGCAAUACCUAUGAAUGAAACUGGAACUAUGUUAGAACAUCAAUAUUAAGAUGCUGAAGUUUAUGAAAAAGCUAUGAAUAGAGUGGUAUAACUAAAAACUUAAUUUAUAGUCUGAAUAUGGUUUAUAAAGUCUAAAUUAAAUGAGAACACCUGUUACAGAAUCUCCUUUUAGAAAAUAAAAGUAAAUAGAAGAUAAAAUUUAAUAAUUAACUGAUGAAAUGAAUAAUGAAAUUAAAAAGAUUAAACAAAAAUAUGGUGAUCAAAUAUAAUCCUUAUAAAAACUUUUACAACAAAAACAUGAAUCACAUAAAUCAGUUCAUGAAUAAAAAUUAAUCCCAUAAUCAACUAAUUACUAUAGAUAAUUAGAUUUUAAACAUAAAACUUCUGCUCCUUCUACUCCUGUUUAAAUGUAAACAAAGUAGAAGUCUCAAUAAGAAAAUAUCAAUUUGGAAAAUCAAUUGAAACCAACUAAAUUUUAAUAAACCAAUUUACAGUAUAACUUUUUAAUAUAUAUACUAGAAAAUUACAAUUAUAAAUAUAGAACAGAAUACAUGAUGCACCUAAACCAGAUAAUAAUUCCAAAAUACUAAAACAAUUAAUUAACAGAAAGAAUUGA